AUGAAAUUGCAUACUGAUGUUUGCUUAUUCGACGGUCUAGCUGCUAUAGAUUUAACUUUUAUUAACUGGAAUCUAUGGACUUGUGGGGGUUUGAUUCUUGUAUAUUAUUCUGACUUGCUAAAAUCUCUAUCAGUGUAUUUCCUUUGUCUUUGUCUUUGUCUUUUUUGUUUUUGUUCUGGCCGGGGCCGGGGCGGGGGUGGGGGUGGAUUGAGUGUUUUGAGUCCAGCAACACUAGAUCCAUCUUCUGAUUAUAUAUGGAGAGCAUGGUGCUUAACUGUGCAUUCAAUUAGCCAUGAUUGCGGGGCCAUUGCCCUAAAUUAUGAGACUGGUUUGUCAUUUUUGAAGGCGAGUACUAAUGGUCUGUUUAUUGCUUGUUUUGUUUCUUUAGCUCUGUUAGUGGGGUUGCCAAGAUAUGGAGUAUAUGUUGCAUUUUCUCCUGUAAGUGACAAUGUAGCAACUGCCUCAGCUGAUCGUACUACAAAGUUGUGGAACACAGAUGGCACUUUAUUGAGAACAUUUGAAGGUCAUUUAGACCGCCUAGCUCGUAUUGCCUUCCAUCCAUCUGGGAAGUACUUGGGCACUACAAGUUUUGACAAAACUUGGCGUUUGUGGGAUAUCGAAAGUGGUGCUGAGUUGCUUCUUCAAGAAGGCCAUAGCAGGAGUGUUUAUGCCAUAUCUUUCCAUCAGGAUGGAUCAUUGUUAGCAUCAUGUGGACUGGAUUCUCUUACACGUGUCUGGGAUCUUCGAACAGGGAGAAGUAUUCUUGCUUUGGAAGGCCACAUCAAACCUGUUUAUGGAGUUGAUUUCGCUCCUAAUGGCUAUCAUUUGGCCACUGGUUCUGAGGAUAACACUUGUCGGAUUUGGGACUUGAGAAAGAAAAAGUCAUUGUACAUAAUUCCUGCCCAUUCAAAGCUUAUUUCACAGGUCAAAUUUGAGCCUCAGGAGGGAUAUUAUUUGGUCACUGCUUCAUAUGAUACAACUGUUAAGGUAUGGUCAUCUCGAGACUUCAAGCUUAUCAGGACAUUGUCAGGACAUGAAGCAAGAGUUACACCCUUAGAUGUCACAGGAGGUAAGAUCUUUUCUCUUGGUAAACUGUAGUAAAAGUGAUGCGUGCAAAAUGGGAACUUAUAGUAGCAUCUCAUUACAAGUUUAUAACUGUCAUCUUGGGAUGGAAUUAUGGUAAAGUUUAUGGAAGUUGCCACUCAAAAACUGAAUUUGUUUAAAUACGUUACAUUCAACAACAGAGAUAAAGUGAAUGC